AUGCUGCCCGCACGCCUGGCCCGGAGGCUGCUGUGCCCGGUGGUGCGGUGGUCCGCGCCUGCGGGGCGGCUGCUGCGGACGGGAUGCGCGGCCGCCGCCGGCCCCCAGCCCCCGGCGGGCCUGCGACGGGCGCUCCCCCAAGGCCCCGCCGCGCCCGCGGACGACGCAGAGGAGCGCUUCCAGUUCCCCGAGUACACCCCGGAGCCGGAGCCCCCGCCGACGCCUGAGCAGCUGCUGUGGGAGCUGCGGGAGCCCGAGCGGGAGCAGGAGCGGCGCCGGGAGGAGCGGCGGCGGGCGCGGGCCGACCUCCGCGCGCGCCCGGACCCGGCGGUGCCGCCCAGCGGCCUGCCCUGCUCGGGCUGCGGGGCGGAGCUGCACUGCCGGGACCCCGGCGCGCCCGGCUUCCUGCCCAGCGAGAGGUUCGCCCGCGCCGCGCAGGCCGGCCAGCUGGCGCGCGCCGUGUGCCAGCGCUGCUGGCUGCUGGUGCACCACCGGCGCGCCCUGCGGCUGCGCGUGAGCCGCGGGCAGUACCUGCAGCAGGUGAGCGCGGCGCUGCGGCGGCCCGGGCCCGCGCUGGUGCUCUACCUGCUGGACCUGCUGGACCUGCCCGACCCGCUGCUGCGCGACCUCCCCGCGCUGGUGGGCCCCAAGCAGCUGAUCGUGCUGGGGAACAAGGUGGACCUGCUGCCGCAGGACGCGCCUGACUACCGGCGGCGGCUCCGCCAGCGGCUGUGGGACGAGUGCGUGCGCGCGGGGCUGCUGCCGGCGCCGGGCCACCGAGGGCCGCAGCCCGGCGGGGACGCGGAGCAGAGCGCGCCCCGCACGGUGGUCAGGGACGUGCGGCUGGUCAGCGCCAAGACCGGCUACGGGGUGGAGGAGCUGAUCUCGGCGCUGCAGCGCGCCUGGCGCUACCGCGGCGACGUCUACCUGGUGGGCGCCACCAACGCCGGCAAGUCCACGCUGUUCAACACGCUGCUGGAGUCCGACUACUGCACCGCCAAGGGCGCCGAGGCCAUCGACAAGGCCACCAUCUCGCCGUGGCCGGGUACUACGUUAAACCUUCUCAAGUUCCCUAUCUGCAACCCAACUCCUUACAGAAUGUUUGAAAGACAAAAAAGACUUAAAGAGGACAUGGCCAAAGCUGAAGAAGAGCUCAGUGAGCAGGAACAGAGUCGGCUUCGGCUCCUGAAAAGACGCGGAUAUGUAGUGGGAAGAGUUGGAAGAACAUUCUUGUAUUCAAAGGAACAGAAGGAUGAAGCUGCCUUUGAGUUUGAUGCGGAUUCACUGGCCUUUGACAUGGAAAAUGAACCUGUGCCGACUCCAGACAAACCCACCAAGCGAGUGGAAUUGACUCCACAGGACGUGAAAGAUGCCCACUGGUUCUAUGACACCCCUGGGAUUUCAAAAGAAAAUUGUAUUUUAAAUCUUCUGACAGAAAAAGAAGUAAAUAUUGUUUUGCCGACACAGUCCAUUAUCCCGAGAACCUUUGUGCUUAAGCCAGGGAUGGUCCUCUUUUUGGGUGCUGUAGGCCGAUUAGAUUUCCUGCAGGGAAAGGAGUCAGCUUGGUUUACCGUCGUGGCUUCCAACUUGCUCCCUGUGCACGUCACUUACUUGGACAGGGCAGAUGCUCUGUAUCAGAAGCAUGCGGGACACACGUUACUGCAGGUUCCGAUGGGCGGAGAAGAGCGAAUGAAGGAAUUCCCCCCUCUGGUUGGUGAAGACAUUACCUUAAAAGAAGGACUUGGAUCUGAAGCAGUGGCAGACAUCAAGUUUUCCUCUGCAGGUUGGGUCGCAGUGACACCUCACCCUAACGACACGCUGCACCUCCGAGGCUACACGCCUCAAGGCACAGUUCUGACAGUCCGGCCCCCUCUCUUGCCACAUAUCGUGAACGUCAAAGGAGAGCGCAUCAGAAGAAGCGUGGCCUAUAAAACCAAGAAGCCACCCUCGCUCGUGUGCAAUCUGCAGAAGAAGAGCAAAUAACUACGCGAAGCUGGCCUCGUCUGUGUUGGGUGUUAACUCACUGAACCUGACAGUGUAUGUCAUGUGGCUGGCACCGCGGUGUAGUGAGUUAAGCCACCGCCUGCAGAGCCAGCAUCCUAUAGGAACACCAGUUCAGGUCCCAGCUACUCCACUUCCAAUCUAGCUCCCCGGGAAUGUGCCUGGGAAAGCCUGGCCCAGCCCUGGUCAUUGUGGCCAUCUGGGGAGUGAGCCAGCAGAUGGAAGACCUCUCUCUCUCUCUCUCUCUCUCUCUCUCUCUGCCUUUCAAAUAAAUCUUUAAAAACAAUAUACAAUGAAAUUGUAUUAAUUACAGCUAUAAUAAAAUCGCCAAGCCUGCUGCUGCUCCACCCUUUUUAAAGAUCCUUAUAUUUGACUUGUUACAACUGUUCAGAGUGGGGGCCUGCGAAGCAGCAGCUAGAUGACACUUGAGUUGCCUGCUUCCCCUAACAGGUGCCUGGAUCUGAGCCCCAGAUCACUUCCAGUCCCAGCUCCCUACCAGUGUGCACCCUGGGAGAUGGAAGGUGAUGGCUUAAGUACCCACCCCCAUGGGAGAACUGGACUGAGCUCUAGGGCCCCCACUUUGAUCUGACCCACCCUUAGCCAUCGCAGUCAUUUGGGGUGAACCAGCAGAUGGCUCCUCUGUCACCUCAUGUAAGUGAAUAAAUUUUGAAAAAUAAUAAAAACCACUCAGAACUAUGCCUGUUUGUAAGGUACUGACCAUGUAAGUUGUUCUUGUAGAGUCUGUACGUGUGACUCAACAUACAUAAAAAAAGAACCCUGCUACAUUUCAAGUUUUUAUUGAGACCAGAUGUCCUCUUUUCUAUGGAGCCAGCAGGGCAGUUUAGCUAUUGGCUUACGAGCAAGUGGCAGGAAAUCAAUUUCUCCUAAAUGUGUUGGCUUCAGUAAGUGCGUAGGUGGCUCUGUUCUCGCAGCCAUCCAAGGGUCCAGCUGUGAGGGGACAUUCUGUGGCUUCCAUCUCCACGAGUUGUCUUCCCAGCAAAUGUGAAGAGGGUAGAUAAGGGUACACAAAGCAGCUUCCCUGCUUUAAAAGGGGGAGCUGGGCAUUGCUCGCCUCUGCUUGAUCCACUGGACAACAGUCAAUGCCUUACCCUCCAAGGAAGCUGGGUACUGAAAGAGGAAAUGGGAACCCCCUUGGGUUGUGUGGGGAGAAGGAGUCAAUGGAUGCUAGAGCGCGAGUUAGGGAUUUCCAAUUUGAAGUACCCGAAAAUCUCGGGUGAAAGUCUAGGCAAGCUUACUCUUUCAGGCUGGCAUCUGAGAUCUGUGCAACCAAGAGCUCACUGUAACCAUUUUGUUAUUGACACCUGCCCACGUGUACUUGCAGGACGUCAUAUCAGUCACAAGUCUUCGCCUUUUUUACACCUGUAUGAGUCUACUGCUACAGCUGUGUACGCGAGCAGUUGGCACUCCGAGCCCCAGAUCCUACUGUUGAGAUAAAUACUUUGUUGGAAUGCAGUUAGCACCCUGAACUUCUGAAGAGACAGCCCCAUGUUCCCAACCAACAGGUGGGAGCCCCUACGUAUUUCAAACUCCUGUUUUUACCUCAUUCCCUAACCCCCUUCCAAGUCCUCAGGGACUCUAAAGGAGAAAUUUGUUAAGCUGUAACUGGUAAGUGCAGGUUUCACAUAGAUGCUGGGUGGUUUUUUUUUUUAAGAUUUAUUUAUUUAUUUGACAGAGUUAGACAGAGGAGAGGCAGAGAGAGAGGUCUUUCAUCUGAUGGUUCACUCCCCAGUUGGCUGCGACGGCCAGAGCUGCGCAGAUCCAAAGCCAGGAGCCAGGAGUUUCUUCUGGGUCUCCCACGUGGGUGCAGGGGCCGAAGGUCUUGAGCCAUCUUCUACUGCUUUCCCAGGCCAUAGCAUCUCUGCUGGAUUGGAAGUGGAGCAUCCGGGACUAGAACCAGGGCCCAUAUGGGAUGCCGGAACUUCAGGCCAGGGCAUUAACCCACUGUGCCACAGCACCAGGCCCCAAUGCUGUUUUGAAAUACUGAAGGUAGGGCAGGGAAGGUCAUUGUCCACGUAUAAAGCCACUUCAGUAUGCCUGGCGUCCUGUCUCCAGACACUCAAUGCCAGUAGCAACUUCCCCUGCCCCUCAGUCAUCGGGACAAUCAAAAAGUACCCCCAAUACUUCAAACACACCUCUAGAGGAUGCCAGUGUCCAAAGUUAAAACUGAUCAGUCAUUGAUUUCUGAUUUUUUUUUGCAAGUUUAAAAACACAUUUAAGGAUUGAUUUGAAAGGCAGAGUGACAGGUAGCAACAAAGAGAGAACUUCCACCUAAUAAUUCACUCCGCAAAUGGCCACAAUAGCCAGGUCUGGGCCAGGUCAAAGCCAGGAGCCUGAAACACUAUCUUGAGUCUCCCACGUGGGUUCCAGGAGCCCUAGUACUUAAGCCAUCAUCUGCCACCUCCCAGGCACAUUAGCAAGAAGCUGGAUACGAAGCAGAGAGAUGAGAAGCACAUCCAGCUCUCUGCUGUGGCCUGGGAAAGCAGUAGAAGAUGGCCCAAGUCCUUGGGCCCCUGCACCUGCGUGGGAGACCAGGAAGAAGCUCCUGGCUCCUGGCUUCGGAUUGGCGCAACUCCGGCCACUGCGGCCAACUGGAGAGUGAACCAGCAAAAGGAAGAUCUCAAUCUCUCUCUCUCUCUCUCUGCCUCGCCUUCUUUCUCUGUGUAACUCUUUCAAGUAAAUAAAUAAAAUCUUUAAAAAAAAAAAAAAAAAAAAGCAGAGAAGCCAGGAUGCAAACUGGCACUCCAAAAUGGGAUGCCAGCACCACAAGUGGUGGCUUAACCUGCUACACCACACCCACCCCGGAACCAUCAUUCUUCCUCUCUGCUAGGAAUUUUGCUUUUGCAGAUUCUACUUGCAUGUCAGUGCAAUCGUUGGUCUUUGUAUCUCUGUGCCUGGCUUACUUCACUUAGCAUAAUAUCCUCUAGGCUCAUCCAUGUUGUUGCAAAUAACACAAGUUCCUGAUCAAAAUACAUUUUCAAACAACUCAUGAGUCUAAAUAAUAAAAAAUAUUUACAGUGAUGAUAGAUGCAUAAUAAAAAGAUGCUCGGCGCCGUCCUCGUCCAGCAAGAGACAGAGACCGAACACUUUGCACGGGGUUCCUUUAUUGCUCGGC